UUGGCUUUCGUGACCAUUUCCUCUCAGCUGGUCCUGGGUGGAACAACUUUUGAACGCAUCGUCUGCGACACACGCACGCACGCACGCACACCAGCAGAUCGCCGACACUGCGCCACCGCUACGACGAUGCUCAAGCUGCUGUUCCUGCUCGUCCUCCAAGCGCAGCUUUCCGUUCCGUUGGAGGACAACAAGAUCCCCGCCAGUCUCUGUACGGGCCACCCGGGCAUCCCUGGCUCUCCAGGAGGUCACGGCAGCCCUGGUCAGCCGGGGAGAGACGGCCGGGAUGGAAGGGACGCCGCUCCGGGGGAGAAGGGCGAGAAGGGGGACAUGGGAGCUCCAGGUGAGGCAGGUGUGCAAGGCCUGAACGGAGACAGAGGUGACCCUGGAGAGCGAGGGCAGAAGGGUGAGGCGGGACAGUGUGCCGUGUCCCCCAAAUCCGCCUUCAGCGCCAAAGUGUCGGAAGGCCGUGAACUACCCCUCCCGGCGGGCGACACGGUGCUCUUUGACAAGAUCCUGCUCAACGAACAGGGCGACUACAACGCCGAGACGGGCCGCUUCACGUGCAAAGUUCCCGGAGUCUACUACUUUGCCGUGCACGCCACCGUCUACCGCGCCAGCCUGCAGUUUGACCUCAUGAAAAACGGACACGCCGUGGCUUCCUAUUUCCAGUUCUUCGGCAACUGGCCCAAACCGGCGUCGCUGUCGGGCGGGUCCUUGCUCCACCUGGUGCCUGGGGACCAGGUGUGGGUGCAGAUGGCUCUGGGGGAGUACAAUGGAUUCUACUCCAGCACGAAGACAGACAGCACCUUCAGCGGCUUCCUGGUCUACUCGGACUGGAAAAACUCUGCAGUGUUUGCGUGAGCCCGCCGGAGAAUGAACAACAAUUCAGAACCAGCGGAGACAAGGAGCUCAACUCUUCUCUUCUGGUCUUCACGCUACACUGGAACCUCGAGACCAGGGGUGUCCGAACCUUCUCCACCCAAGGAUGCAACUUUGACACGAUUUUAAAAUGUUAUAUACA